AUGUUUUUAGCUAGGUUAACGGAUGACGGUUCAACUUCAUAUGGCGAAUAUGAUCUUCUUCCCUUUUCCAUUCUCAAUCGGAAUGGACGGAUAUCCGAUCUAAAUCACCACUGCACCACCAUUCGCUUUGCCUUCUCCUCUUCUCUCCUCCUUCAGUUUCAUUAUCUCGACCUCACACUCUUCUCCUUCGAUGCAUCGAUCGCAUCACCUUCUACUACCGUCUUCUUCAACCCGCGAUGCUCUUCAAGAACCUCUUCUCCGAUCGAAGUUAAACAAAACGAGAACCGCUACGAUGAGGAAGAUGCAGUAGAAGAUUGUUGA